AUGUUCGCGAUCAAGGGAAAACUACUCCCGGGCUGCGCCCUUUAUCUCGGUCUUUUCGUUACUUUCGCUACCGCGCAGGCGCAGAAUGCCAGCGAGGAUUCCGGGUCCGCCUCUUGGAAGCCACUCCAGCCGCAGAAGCGACAGGCUGUGGUGAAGCUAGACACCCUAGGCUCUGCUGCAGCCAAAAGCUACGAUCCUCCGCCAGAGUUCUAUCGCGGCCCGGGCUCAUCUACCAAGUCUACCUCCAAGCUGGACAGCCAAGCGGCUGGUUUUAUAUCCAAGCCGAUUGGUUCACUGCCUCCAGUCGGUGGCAUCCAUUCUCAGAUCGACAGCGUCAACGACAAUCUCAGCGAGGCAUACGACAAGUGGCGUCUAGGCGGCGGAAAUCUUCAGGAUCGGAUCAGUGUGGGUCACUAUGGAGGUAGUGGCAGUGGGGGCAAGAGCUACGCCUAUGACAGUCAUCCGUAUCCCUACGACUACGGGCCCAGCCAUGCCAAUGGAUACGAACCAGGACCUGUCCAGGGACACGCUGGAUACUCCUCGAGUGGAGAGGCGGGAGUUCCAUACCACGUGUACAGACCUCGACCAGAGCACGGUCACUUUCCGGGUGGACCCGUAGACUACGGCUACAGCCCCUAUCUGGUGGACUCGCAUGAGAUCGUCGCCCACAAAGGAUCGCCGGAGCUCUCACCGAAAGCCUUGCUGGCCAAGAGUUUCCUCAUCCCGUUGGCGAGUGCCACCGUACUGGGCAUAGCUGCCGCCCUGGUCAGCAAUCCCCUCCUUCUGCAGCUGGCUCCAGUGCCUGGUAUCGGUGUCGGAGUGGGAGUCGGUCCUCCCGUCGUAGGCAAGCGAAGACGGAGAAGGAGGGCUGAGCAGAAGGUUCAGAGACAAGGGAAACUCUAG